GGAGACGUGGCAGUGCCUGCAGGGGGUGGGGACAAGGCAUAGGGCCCACCAUUACCACCAUGCUCCUGGGGAUCCUCGUGGUGCUCUGCUUCAUCCCCACUGCUGAUGUAACAGAAAACAAGAUUUUAGUGGCUCAGAGUCCUUUGCUCAAGGUAGAUAACAAGACUGCAACUCUAAUUUGCAACUACACAUACAAUGGAACAGGGAAGGAAUUUCGAGCUUCACUGCACAAAGGAACGGACAGUGCAAUUGAAGUUUGCUUUAUUUCAUGGAACACGAGCAAAAGUAGCAGUACUUCAAAUAAACAAUUCAACUGCCAGGGGGCUUAUGAUAAAGACAAAGUCAUCUUCAAUCUUCAGAAUAUGAGUGCCAGCCAAACUGACAUCUACUUCUGCAAAAUUGAGGUCAUGUAUCCACCCCCAUAUGUCUACAAUGAGAAGAGCAAUGGGACCGUCAUUCAUGUGCAAGAGACACCUAUCCGAACACAAGAGCCUGUGUCUGCAAUUCCUUUGUGGAUUAUGGCAACAGUGACUGGAGUUCUUGCUUUCUACAGCAUGCUAAUAACUGCAGUUUUUAUUAACUACUGGCAAAAAUCCAGAAGGAAUAUGUACCAUCAGAGUGACUACAUGAACAUGACUCCCCGGCACCCACCAUACCAGAAGAACAAGGGUUACCCAUCCUAUGCCCCAACACGAGACUACACUGCGUAUCGGUCCUGGCAGCCGUAAGACCCACCAGCUGACCCACAGCAGCCUUGUGUGCUUCUAGGCAGUCACCUGCUCUUGGACAUGGAAGGAUAGCCUCUCAUUUUCUCAUUAUGUUUGUUGCUAUUGAUCAUGGACACCUAGGCAAUAGCAAAUAUUGGCUAAACUUUGAUAUAAUAUACUAAAAGAAAAAAACAAACCAACAAACAAACAUAAAAAGGGGGGUGGGGGGAAGUAAAAAAAGAAUUGUUCUCCAUGAUGGCUGAAAAUGAGGCCCAACUUGUGUUGAGGGUUGUCAGUGGGUAAGAUGAUGGCAUCAGAUCUCAGAGCUGGUCUCUUCCUGACACUUGUGGUCUUGCUCAGCUGUUGGGAGAAGCAGAACUUCUGUUCUUUUCCCAUAACUGCUGCCUUAGAUGUAACCCUUAAUCUCCUUUCCUGUGUGUCUAAUCCUCAGAAACCCUUGUUGCUGUUAAACCCGGCAAAAUGUAAAAAAAAAUAUUUUCUUCUCUACAAGACCAGAACACAAUU